AUGGAAACUCAAGAUAUGGAUCAGCACAUUAGAGACAUCCAGAGGGAGUAUCUAGAUUUCUUAGACGAUGAGGCGGAUCAAGGGAAAUACUCACAACUUGUAAAAGAUAUGAUUGAUGAUAAAAGUUAUCGUUUGUUAGUCAACAUUAAUGAUCUACGUCGAAAGAACCCUUUGAGAGCAGCAGCUCUUCUUAACAAUGCCUUCGAGGAACAAAUGGCGUUCCAGAAGGCUCUAAAAGAAUAUGUUUUGUCUGUUAACCCAGACUACGCCAAAGAUCACGUCGACUUUUUUAUAGCUUUUGAAGGAAGUUUUGGAAACAAACAUGUAACUCCCAGAACACUAGUUUCAAGAUAUCUUGGCAAUUUGAUUUGUGUGGAAGGCAUUGUAACCAAAUGUUCACUAAUUUAUCCUAAAGUAGUACGAAGUGUGCAUUUUUGUCCUGUUACCAAGAAAAUUAUGGAAAGAAAGUAUACAGAUAUGACUUCAUUUGAAGCUGUACCCUCUGUAGCUGUGUAUCCCACAAAGGAUGAUGAUGGUAAUCCUCUAGAAACUGAGUAUGGGCUGUCAGCUUACAAAGACCAUCAAACCAUUUCCAUUCAAGAAAUGCCUGAGAAGGCUCCUGCUGGUCAGCUGCCCAGAUCUGUAGAUAUUAUCUGUGAUAAUGACUUAGUGGAUGCUUGUAAACCAGGAGAUAGGAUACAAGUUGUUGGUACAUUUAGGUGCUUGCCUAAUAAACAGCAAAACUUCUCUAAUUGUAUAUUCAAGACCAUUGUAAUUGCAAACAACAUUUCCCAACUGAGCAAAGAAGCAACACAUUCAAUAACAAGGGAAGAUGUUGCACACUGUAAAAAACUUGCCAAAUCUAAUAAAAAUAUCUUCAAUUUACUAUCAAAAUCAUUGGCACCUUCUAUACAUGGACAUGAGUAUAUCAAAAAGGCUGUAUUAUGUCUUUUGCUUGGUGGAGUCGAAAAGGUGCUACCAAAUGGUACUAGAUUAAGAGGUGAUAUCAAUGUGCUGCUUAUUGGAGACCCUAGUGUUGCCAAAUCUCAGUUGUUGCGUUAUGUUUUACACACCGCUCCUAGAGCUAUACCAACCACAGGUAGAGGAUCUUCUGGUGUUGGUCUGACAGCAGCAGUUACAACAGAUCAGGAAACUGGUGAAAGACGUCUAGAAGCAGGUGCUAUGGUUCUUGCAGAUAGAGGGGUUGUUUGUAUUGAUGAAUUUGAUAAAAUGAGUGACAUUGACAGAACUGCUAUUCACGAAGUUAUGGAACAAGGUAGAGUCACAAUUGCCAAAGCAGGAAUACAUGCCAGCUUGAAUGCUAGAUGUUCAGUAUUGGCUGCUGCUAAUCCUGUAUAUGGAAAAUAUGAUCAAUAUAAAACACCCAUGGAAAACAUUGGCCUUCAAGAUUCGCUGCUUUCUCGUUUUGAUUGUUUGUUUGUGAUGUUAGAUACAGUAAACGAAGAUCAAGAUUUAAAAAUUUCGGACCACGUUGUCAGAAUGCACAGAUAUAGAAAUCCAUUGGAACAAGAUGGAGAAGUCCUUCCCAUGGGUUCUAAUGUCGAAAUGUUAAGUACCAUGAAUCCUGAUGAAGAAGAUCGUAAAGAAACUCCCGUGUAUGAAGAAUAUGAUGCCUUAUUGCAUGGAGCAAGUCGUAGAAGAACGGAUAAGAUUUUAAGUGUUGAUUUUAUGAGAAAAUAUAUUAAUUUCGUAAAGAUUUUAAAACCUGUUCUGACAGAAGAAGCUUCUGAAAUCAUUUCCGAUGAGUAUUCAAGACUGAGAUCUGAAGAUGUUUUAGAGAGUGAUGUUGCGAGGACUCAACCUGUAACUCCACGUACCCUCGAAACGAUGAUCCGUCUGGCAACAGCACAUGCAAAAGCCAGAAUGUCUAGAACCGUUACUGCAGAAGACGCGAAUGAAGCAAUUGAACUGAUUCAAUAUGCAUAUUUCAAGAAAGUAUUAGAAAAGGAAAAGAAACGUAGAAGACGAGAUGAAUAUGAUUCCGCAGAGGAAGAAGAAGGAGAUCAAAGACAAAAACGAGCAAGGCCAGUUAGAUCAGAGGCAGGGGAUGAUUCAGAUGAUGAAAUAAUUGCCACACAGAGUUCUACAAGAAGCAGAUCUACUGCAGUUUCUGGAGUAGAACCAAUGGAAGAAGAAACUGUUCUUAACGGCGUCAACGGUCAUACAAAUGGUCACACGGAAGACAGUGAAUCUAUGGAAGUUGAUGAUAGUCCCAAAGAAAUAUCUACUGACAGGUUAACAACAUUUAAAAGUAGUCUUCAAAAAGCGUUCAGAGAAAACAGGACACAAUCUCUCAGUCUAAGUCGCAUUAGAGAGUUCAUAAAUAGCGACAAUCCCACUCCAUAUACCCAAAACGAAAUCAGUGCUGCCAUAGAACGAAUGACAGAUGACAAUCAAGUGAUGUUAUCAGAUGGAUUUGUGUUUUUAAUCUAA